UGAGCAUAUACACUACUCGAUCACUAUAUCCAAGACCUAAUUCUUCAACAGAGUACAUACUUGUUCCUCUUACCAGACUCUGCAUCUUCAAAUUGCUACUUCCUAGCCUCCGACUACCCCGCAUUACUGACCUCCGAUAGAACACAAUGGCUGCUCCUCGUGGACGUCUCCAAGGCAAGAAUGCCAUCAUCACCGGUGCCGCGGGUGGCAUUGGUCUCGAAACCUCCAUCCUCUUCGCCCGCGAAGGCGCCAACGUUCUCAUGGCCGACAUCUCCGAACCCGCACUCGAGAAAGCCCAGGCCAAGCUGAAGGAAGUCGUUCCCACAGCUCCCCGCGUCGAAACAAUCAAGUGCGACGUCUCCAAGGAAUCCGACGUGCAGCGCAUGGUCGACUCGCAGGAUAGCUGGGGUGGAACGGACGUUAUCUUCAACAACGCCGGCAUUAUGCACGCAGACGAUGCUGAUGCUAUUGAUACCCCGGAGAAGAUCUGGGAUUUGACGCACAACAUUAAUGUUAAGGGUGUGUGGUUCGGUAGCAAGCAUGCUGUGCAGAGUAUGCGGAGGAACAAGAAGACGAGGGGUAGUAUCAUCAACACGGCGAGUGUGGUUGCUUUGGUUGGUGCUGCCACGCCGCAGUUGGCAUACACUGCUAGCAAGGGCGCUGUGUUGGCGAUGACUCGUGAGUUGGCUAUUGUGCACGCUCGUGAGGGAUUCCGCUUCAAUGCCCUGUGCCCUGCUCCUUUGAACACCCCCCUUCUCCAAGACUGGCUCGGUGACGACCAGGCCAAGCGUUUCCGUCGUGAGGUUCACUUCCCCACCGGCCGUUUUGGUGAGGCCAUCGAGCAGGCCCACGCCGUCGUCUUCCUGGCUAGUGACGAGAGCAGCUUCGUCAACGGAACAGACUUUGUUGUUGACGGUGGAAUGAGCAAGGCAUAUGUCACCCCCGAAGGACCUGCGUUGGCCGCUCCCCAAAACUUGGGGCAUUAAACAUAUUUUUACAUACCUGCCCCCUAGAUACAUCCGAUAAAGAACAAUAAGAUAUCCACAUCAUAACGUAUACCUACAACUACACACUUCAAAGUACUGUACAUGUCCCG